AUGACCUACAGAAUUACACAGUUACUUACCGGACACGGGUGCUUUGGCACGUUUUUGAGGAGGAUUGGCAAGGCGCACACAGCGGUCUGCCCGCACUGCGGGACCGAGGACGGCGGGAGCAUCGACUCGGCGGAGCACACAAUCGCGGAGUGCCCGGCUUGGCAAGACGAGCGGGACGAGUUGACGGCGGUGAUAGGAAUGGACUUGACACUAACCGGGAUAGUAGACCGGAUGGUCCACAGUCGAGAGAACUGGGCCGCUUUCUCCCUGUUCGCGGAGAGAGUGAUGGUGGCGAAGGAGGAGGCGGAGCGUCGGCGCCAAGCAAUGGAGGAGGGAAACGCCGACAACGGGAACGUCAGAGAUGUUGACUCGGAUGAUCACCCGGAUAUCGGGUGA